GGAGCAGGAUUGCACCUGCGGGACUCCAGCUCUGCAGGAGAGGGAGGGACGGACGGAGCUGCUCCUCACCGCUCUCGCCUCGCUUUGAGCUUCCCAUUGCUCUGCCUGUGUGGAGGCCUGAGGCAUGGGGACCAGGGAAUGGACGCUUUCCACCUUCAUGGGAUGCUGCAUAUGGAUUCUGCAUGGGCUUGGGGCUGCUGCUGCCACCAUCCCUGUCACCACCGAGGGGCUGUUUGCUGUGGGAACAGCUUCUCCCACCACGCUGGAGAGCGAGAGGCCCCGUGCCCUGGUGAUGGGCACUGCGGAGACAAACACUGUGGCAGCCAAUGCUGAGGUAGCCGAUAGCACCCUCGUGGAGAAUCUGUCGAGCCCGUCCUCCCCUCCUGGGCCUGAGCCGGAUGCUUUGGUGACAGCGGCGAGCGACUAUGGCUCUACAGUACCAGCUUUGACGAAUGUGACCAAGCCUCUUAACACAUCUCAGGAUAUUGAGAGGGGUUCGGCUGCUCCCACUGCCGCCACAACCACUGCCGCCAUCUCUGCACAGCACCCCGCUGUCACCCCAGAAGCAGAGCUUGAUGUAACGGGGGCUGCUCCCGAUGCCCCCCUGGGGACCACCCCUCUCUUUGCAGAUGUGAAGGAGGACAUCCUCGCAGCUCUGACCAGAGAAGGAGCAGAUCUAGACCCCACCGCCAGCGCUGUGUCCCUCCCCACCACCCCUCCGCUGGCAGCUGCCUGGGGGGCACAGCCAACUGCUGGCAGCCCCGUGGGCGCUGGUGUCACUGUGCUGCCGAGCCAAGGGCUGACCACAGCCACAGGAGCAGUUGAGGAAGGCAUAACCCUACCUGUGGAUACCCAAAGCGAAGCCGGUGCCAACUCCUCGAGCCCCAGCCCCGGCACCGGGGGGCUGCUUACAACCCAGCAGGAUGGGGCGGUGAGCAGGGCCGUGGGCAUCACCCCAGAGCCGGUGGGAGAAAAGGCCCCCGCUGGCGAGGAAAGUCCCUCCGCUUUGGUGCAUGGAGACACGGGAGAUGCAGUAAAUGGUGAAUUCAGCACGGUUGGCUCGUCCAGCCUGCCUCUGGAGAGCCCAACAGUGUCAGGAACAGUGGGAAACCCAGGGGAGCCCUCCCUCCUCCAUGGCCAGGCAGUGCUGAGCCCAGCCACUUUGCUGCUGCCGGCCGGUGGUGGGGAUGGGGAUGGGCAGAGAGCUCCUGGGGUGUUAUCAGAGGGUCCUGGUUCAGCCCUGUCACCUGCAGCCAGCGAGGCACCCAUGGCACCCAAGGUGGCAGGGGACACGGCCACCACACCGCUGGUUCCCACUGAUACACAGAGUGACACGAAUCCCGCACUCCCAGCCACUGCGCUGCCCACAGGGGACGUGGGGGCUGUGGGACUGGCCAGACCAUCCCUGCAGCCUGCCCCAUGGCAGACCGCCAUUGGAGAACAGCCACCGCUGCUUGCUGCUGCUCUGCCAUCUCCCACGGACACCCCCAGCGCUCCCGGGGCUGCUUACCCACCCCCAGGGACUGGGGCCAGCACCCUGCCUGCACCUGAUGGUGGGGCAGAGAUACCAGCAAGCCCCAACCUCGCUGCUGCCCCAGGAGCACCCGUGUCUCCAUCUCUUGGGGAGUCACAGCCAUGGGGGAUGGCAGCUGGUGCUCCCCAGGGAGCCGAUGGACCUGGCGCUGGCUUGAGUUCAGCUUCAGAUGCCCCCAUCCCAGCAUCUUUUGUACCUGAUGGACUUGCAUGGCCCACUGCUGGGGUCCAGGGUCAGGGAGCCGAGGGCGCAGGGGGCACGGCACAGGCAGGAGCUCCAGGGGAUGGCAAUCCCUCUGCAGAUACCCAGAGUGACAUGAGUCCUUCAGACUUCAGCACUCAGCAGGAUCCUGCUAACGCUGGAUUGCUGCCGGCAGGAGCAACAGGAGCUUUAUCAAAUGCUGAACUGUCCCCUCCAUCAGCUCUCGGGGACGGAGCAGGAACAGGAGCAGUGCCGGCACUGGGACAAGUGUCCCCACCUGGUCCCGCACCUCCCAGCGGUGCUGGGCUGGAGCCCGGUCUCUCAGGGGCACAAGGACCAGGGGACCUGCCCGGUGAAUCCACCAGCACUCCUGGGGCUGUGGCCGGCCCCAUGUCUGGGGCAGAGACAGCAGCAAGCCUCAACCCUGGUGCUGCUGAGGAAGCACCCAUGUCACCAUCCUUCGGGGGGUCACAGCCGUGGGGGACGGCAGCUGGUGGUCCCCAGGGAGCAGGUCUGCCUGGAGCCAACGAACCAGGCACCGGCUUGACUUCAGCAUGGGAUGUUUCCAGCUCAGCAACUUAUGGACCAGCAGAACCCCCAUCACCUGCCCUUGGGGUCCAGCUUGGCACAAACCUGGGGCUCCCGGCAGCAGAGGGGCACGGAGCUGGAACAGCGGAGCCGGUGCUGGGAGGAGCAGGCAGUGGGACCAGUUUUGAGCCAUCCCUUAGCUCCACUGCAGGCAGCGUGAUGGCAUCUGGGAUGGAUCAACUGCCUGGUGCAGGUUCCUUGUCCGGUCCUGCCUCUCCCAGUGAUGUGGUGGCAGCAUCCUCCAUUUCAGAGGGUGAUGGAGCAGGACCCAUGUCAGCUGCAGCCCCUGGCCCUGACAGCUUGUCCCUGGCCUCUCCAGACAGUGAAACUGGCCCAGCGCUUACUCUGGUGCAGGGGGCUGAGAGUGCAGGGGAUGUGGAACAGGCAGGAAACCCAGAGAGUGAAAGUCCCUACAUGCGGUCAAGUCCUUCAGAAUUCAGCACUCAGCAGGAACCUGCUAACAACGGAGAGCUGCCAGCAGGAGAAACAGGGGCUUUGGUGAAUGCUGACCUGUCCCCUCCAUCAGCUCUCGGGGACGGAGCAGGAACAGGAGCAGUGCCGGCACUGGGACAAGUGUCCCCACCUGGUCCCGCACCUCCCAGCGGUGCUGGGCUGGAGCCCAGUCUCUCAGGGGCACAAGGACCAGGGGACCUGCCCGGUGAAUCCACCAGCACUCCUGGGGCUGUGGCCGGCCCCAUGUCUGGGGCAGAGACAGCAGCAAGCCUCAACCCUGGUGCUGCUGAGGAAGCACCCAUGUCACCAUCCUUCGGGGGGUCACAGCCGUGGGGGACGGCAGCUGGUGGUCCCCAGGGAGCAGGUCUGCCUGGAGCCAACGAACCAGGCACCGGCUUGACUUCGGCAUGGGAUGUUUCCAGCUCAGCAACUUAUGGACCAGCAGAACCCCCAUCACCUGCCCUUGGGGUCCAGCUUGGCACAAACCUGGGGCUCCCGGCAGCAGAGGGGCACGGAGCUGGAACAGCGGAGCCGGUGCUGGGAGGAGCAGGCAGUGGGACCAGUUUUGAGCCAUCCCUUAGCUCCACUGCAGGCAGCGUGAUGGCAUCUGGGAUGGAUCAACUGCCUGGUGCAGGUUCCUUGUCCAGUCCUGCCUCUCCCAGUGAUGUGGUGGCAGCAUCCUCCAUUUCAGAUCCAGCCAGCCCAAGUGCCCUUGGAGGAGCAGGUGGUGCUCCUGGAGCUCUGCAGCCUUCCCUGGGUGCUGGGCCUGGGGUCCCUCCUGCUGCAGGAGAAGGGGCAGGUGAAGCAGCUGGUGAUGGGGGGUCCCCAGAGCAGUCCCAGGCCACUGCCAGAGAGGAACCAGUUGGUUCAGGAGCCCAUGCUGGACAAAUGGGAGCUGUUCUGCAGACUGCAUCUGCUUCCCCAUCUACGGAGGGGUCUUCAUCACCUGGGACAGCUGGCAAGACUGCUAACGGAGCAAGCCUUCAAGGAGCUGGUGCAGCUGGCAGUGGCUUGAGCACAGGCUUGGAGCCUGCUGGCCCUAAGGAACCCGCUGUGUCUGCCCCCAGCAUCCAGAGUGGUGCCAAUCUUGGACUUUCUGAUGCAAAACUGAGCCAAGUCAAUGUGGUGGAGCUGCCUGGAGGAGCCUUGGUGAACAGGGGAGCUUCCCUUGGUGCCAGCCUGGGAGAGGGCACAGGAGCCAUCAUACAGAUCGCGUCGGGAGCGCUGGCCCCGUCCGCCCUCACCUCCCUCCGGGAAAGGCAGCCCCUGGACCCCGUGGCUCCAGACAGCAGUGGCAUCUCUGACAGCAUGGCUGCCUCGCUGGCUGCUUCUCUGCUUCUUCCCGGGCACGGGCUGAGCUCGGGGCUGGCACCCAGCGGGGACCCCCGCUCUGCCCCCGGCAUCCAGAGCGGGAGCAGAGCCCUGGUGCCAGGGGCACAGGGUGGGCUGGCAGGAGAUGCUGGAGGUGCUCAGAUGUGGUCUCUUGAAGAUGAGGUGGCCUCAGGGAUGCCUGCACCUUUGGGAGAAGCAUCCCCCCGUGCCCUUGCAUCCCCCAACACUGCCCCGGCACUGCCUUCUGCUCCACAGAGACAAAACGUUGCAGCGGGGGUGUCUGCCAGCCCUGGGCUUUCCACUCCGCUUUCGGCACUUGCAGCUGUGCCCCUCUACGGGUAUGGAGCGAGGGAAAAUGAUCGGCAGUACGUGGAAAGGAGGGUGGAUUUUAAUUCUCCGCUUUUCAAGCCUGAGACUGGAUUCCCAUUUGGCAAAACCUUGCGCAACUCUCUCUAUUUUACAGACAAUGGACAAAUCAUUUUCCCAGCCUCAGACAACAGCAUCUUCACGUCCCCCAACCCUCCUCCCAGCGGCUUCAAUGGCCACGAGGAGGUUCCCAUGAUCGCUGUGUUUUGGGACAACGCCGACUUCUCCAGAGGUGUUGGCACCACCUUUUACCAGGAGUUCCUCACCCUUAACACGGCCAAGCCUCCAUUCGUGCGUGACGUGGAAGCGAAGGUUCGGCGGUACCUGAGGUCCUCCUACUCUGCAGCCUGGACCCUGAAGAUCACCUGGGAGAAGGCACCUGCCUACGCAGCACGGACUGACACUCGGAGGACGAUCACGUACCAGGCUGUCCUGACCACCGAUGGCUUCAGGUCCUACGUCCUGAUGCUGUACCAGGAGGGAGGCAUGCAGUGGGAUUACACCAGACUCACUGCCACCAACGUGCUCAUCGGCUACACCAGUGGGGAUGGCUUUUACCGCAAUGAUGACCUGACUCAGAGACCUCCAGCUGCUAAAUAUCGCCCUGAUCAGUUCAGGGGAUACAACACAGACCUCCAUGGGCUGUGGAUUUACAAGCUGGAGAGCCGCGUGAGGGUCAACUACCGGCUGAAGUGCCUGGCGUGGACGGGGCAGCAGCAGGAGCCGCGGGUGUGGAGCCAGGGCCUGCCUGCCUGCCCCUGCUCCCUGCAGCAAGGGCAGCAGGACCCGCGCUUCAAGAGCAGCCGCGGAGGCUGGUGGGCUGCCCGCGUCUCCAUGCUGCACUCCGCAUCCCCCAACCAGCACGGUGCCGGCGUCCGCUGCCUGUACGACAGCCAGAGCCAGCUCAUCGAGGGGCGGCAGGAGAGGUACUGGAGAUCCUCCAGGCAGGCGUCCCCUUACCGUGACCAGGAGCUGAAGUUGUACGACUGGUGCUGUAACCAGGCGGGCAGUGCCCGCCUCUGCGCCCGCUACAGCGAGAAGAGACCGAAGAUUGGCUGUGAUGGAUACCAGCCACCCAGCAUGGGUGGGUUUGCAGCCUGUUCCUCGGAGGAGCAAGAGAGCGACUCAGAGGAGCAGAGAGAUGGAGAGGACAAGUAACUGGGGGGUUGCAAACCUGCAGCAUGGUCUGGGCCACGGCUGAUCCUCCGAGUCCUUUGCUCCUGCUCAUCUCCUGUGUCCGCCUGCUCCCACCAGCACCCAUCACCCCUACCCACCACACAGGGCAGCUCACUCGGCCAGUGCCUGCAGUUGCUUUCACUGGCACAAGUUCAUGUUUCUCAUCCAGACCAGUCCCAAGGAGUCAGUUGCUUUAGUUGCUCUUCCCCAAUUGCAGCUGAACAGGUGCCCGUGGGCACCUCCUUGCUGGUGGGGAGGUGGGCAGGUACCCCCCACCGUGUCCACCACCCCCUGUCCUCCCUGCAUCCCCUCUGUGCCUUCCACACUGCAGGGUGAGGUUGGCCCCCCAGCACCUGGGGAAUGGGUUUUUGCACCUUAUGUGGGUUGACUGCAGGUGAGCCUCUGAGUGCCGUGGUGCACCAGGCUCACCCUGUGAGCCAGUCCAGUCUUGUCCCCCACUUCUGUCCCCCAGCCAUCCCUCCCUGGGUGGUCCCCAGGCCCCGUGCCCAGGAGAAGGGGAGAUUCUCUGGAUCAAGCCAGAGUCUGCUUGAUGCCUCUGCUGGGUGUGUGAGGGCAAAAUUCAACCCCAUGAUCAGAAACAUUGGGAGAAAAAUAAUGGUUUUGUGCACAAGAGAGCAUCUGCCUUUCUUUGAGAAAAAAAAAAAAAAAUCCUUUUCACAUCUUAUUUGUUCAAUAAAGCCUCUGAGGGGUCUGAGCAUCACCAGUUCU